AUGGCCUUGCUGUACCCGUUAGACCAAGUGAGGGCUAUUCUACAGGUUGACGAUGACUUGGCCAAGGAGUGCUCUGCUCCGGGAGGAGCGGGCGUGCUAGGUGCGUUGUCGCGCCUGGUGCGGAGGCACGGGAGGGCGGGGCUUUGGCGAGGGAUGGUGCCGGUCCUCAUCACCAUGGGCGUUUCGAACUUCGUGUACUUCUACUGUUUCACAGGCAUGAAGGCGGCCUUGCUGUCGAGACGACGCGUUCUGAGGGCUCGAGGCGUACGGGCGGGUGGUGCCGCAAAACCUUUAGCCGGGGGGGCUAGAGGAGAGGGCGGGGGGGGGCUAACCCCGCUUGAGAGCGUGGUCGCGUCGACGAUUGCAGGAGUUAUUAAUGUCUUGGCGACGACGCCGCUUUGGGUUUCCAACCUUCGAAUCAAGGCCGGGAAUGGUGUGGGAGGGCUCUUUUCAACCCUUGGGUCCAUUGGACGCCACGAGGGCCUAGCAGGACUCUGGUCUGGCACAGCCCCAUCCCUCGUUCUGGUUUCGAAUCCCAUCAUCCAAUUCGUCGUGUACGAGACGCUCAAGCAAGCUUUGGGCCGGCGUCACAGCCACCGGAACGGGGAGGCGCGGCGGAUAAUUACACAACCACCAGAUCCCCGAUCUGCCGCUGGCGGUGGCAGCCGCGGGGGUGCGGGCAGGCCGUCAGUGGGUUUGCGGAGCCACGAGGCGUUUUUGUUGGGUGCCACGGCGAAGACGAUCUCGACACUGGUCACGUAUCCGUUACAGUUGGCCCAGGCGAAGCUGCGAGCUGGUCGGGCAGCUCGGGGGGGGGGCACUUGGCAGGGGCAGUGUAAUGAGCAGGACGAUUCAUCAUCUCCAGGUGGUGCAAGGGGGGGCUUUCGCAGCGGGGUUGCUUGGCAGUUGCUGACUUGCUGGUCCGGUACUGUGGAUGUCCUGGUAUCGGUGUGUCGCCGAAACGGGGUUGGGGGGAUGUACCAGGGCAUGCGAGCGAAGCUCCUCCACACGGUGCUUACCAGUGCUUUGCUCUUCCUGGGGUACGAGCGGCUUCUCGAGGUGAUUGCAAACAGCAUGGCAGCGACGACUGAGGCACCACCACCACCGCUCUUGCCGGUGCCAGGGUCUACGGUUGCUGCUGCUACUGCUGCCGGGCUCCACAGCAGCAUUCCAAAGCCAUGCCGCAACGCGCCUGUCUCGUAG